CCCACUUCCUGGGCCUCGACCUAUUGUUGCCUGCGCCUUUCUCUUCUCCCCAUUACAAACUCACACGUCCUGUAUCUUGAGUCACAACUCACAAAUGGCGCGCACAAGAAGAACCAUACAGCCUCCCCAUGUCCUACCGGGACAUUCGCUGCGGCAGACCCCUUGGGCGAACCCCCAUAUUUGGGAUGCAGCCGACCUGCCAGCCCAGUGGCCCCCAGAGUCGUCCCCUGUACACGAUAUCGACCAAGUGUGUACGACGCCAUGGGGACUGCAGGGGAGAUAUCAUUGCGAGCAUAAGCCUGGCGACCAUGAGUACAUCUGGCUACCCUCGUUCUUCCGUGACUUAGGGCCCGCCUGGAAUCCCGGUCUCCGGAUGGAGCGUACCAUCCGCGGUCGCUGGGUACGGGAUCACAUAGUCAGAAAGAACACUGGCAGCAUGAGUGCGUACCGCUUCCUUAGGCCCCCCCUAAGGAGACCCGGCGCGCCGCCUGAGCCGCUAUCGCUUCCACAGGACCAUGUGAUGCAGGCAUACCCCCUCGAGCACGAAGAUGUCGUAUGCACAGCGGAUCUGGACAUGGCUGAUGUGCCGGACGCCACCAUCAAGCCGUACCCGGGCGGCAGAGGCAUGCUCGACAAACUGCCCGUCGAGUUGCUCAGGAUGAUCAUUGAGUAUCUCGUACCGACGGGCUGUACGUACAGCUUCUUCAUGGCCGAUAGGAGAAACAACUACCCGGAACCUCGAUCGUUCUGUUCUGUGGUUCAUCAGAUGGUGCCUGUCUGGAGGUCAAAGAAGCGCGAUGACCAAGACAUCAAGGAGCAGGUUGCCGACGGUAUGGACCAGAUGGCAUCAGAUUUGGAGAACGACUACGACCCGUACUUCUCGGACAAUGAAACUUACGAGGAAAUGUCCCAAGAAGAUAACAAACUCAGAAAGGAAACCAUCCAAAAAGGUUCUGCCCACAUGGCCCUCGCAAGCGUUAACCGGACCUUCCAAGACCUCGUCUACACCAGGUUCUACGGCGGAAACACCUUCGUCUUCCACCUAUCCACCUAUCCCUUCACGCGGAUCGACCUCGAAACAGGGGAUCUCCAAGACCGCCUCUGGCUCUCCUGGUCCCGCGUUCUCAUCCGCAACGUAUGGCCUCCUGGUCCUCUUGGUCCUAUUACCGCCCGCGCGGCAAGAUAUUUCGGAGAUGCGAAGCUCAUCAUCGUUGCGCCAUCUGAGGACACCAGCGAUGCAGAGGCCAUGACAUACCUCGCGCAGGUGGUCGACUCCGCCAUCAGUCUUCUUCUGCCGACGGACCCGAUUUCGGAAGAACAAGAGAAGCAACAACAACCAAAUAUAUCCCUUCAUCUACAGUUUUCAAGCCCAUCCCCCUUUCACGUGAAGAAAAAAAUCGUCACGUUGCAAGCGGGAGUCAACCGCGUCACGAGGCCGAUGGAUAUUGGACCUGGCACAUGGAGCGGUUUCGGUGGUCAAAGCUUGGAGCAACCGCCGGUUGAGAACAAGCUGGAUCUGGUAAUCCAACCGCUACGGAAGCUAAGAGGUCUAGUCAAGGACAUGUGCGUCUAUGGCUAUGAAAUCUCGCUGGAUUUCUUAGACGAAGUCGGGCUGGUUUGUGUGGACAAGGCGAAGAGGACACCUACACCCGCCGAACACUACCACUCUCGUGCAAGUACUAAGACGAACGCCGAGAGCGGCGUGCCCACGCCACAGUAUCAACUUGAAGCUAUGGGGUGGACGUUCUUUAAAGCCAUGGAGAGGUCGAAGAGGAGUGACCGCAGUGGCACCACCCCUUCCCCGACACCCACUACCAAAUCUACUGGCACUAACCGCGUCAUACGAAUCCCUUCCCAAUACGGCAUAGGGCCGUGGUCGCCCUAGGGCGGUGGUUUCCUGCCUCCCAACUCGCCCCUGUCAGGUACAGACUGUCGGCAAAACUACUGCGUGCAAGAUCUAGAGUAAUCCUACCCGCACCCACCCCAAAACCUACACGCACCCUCUCCCCCAAUACUAUACCAAGACCACUCCACGUUUAGCCAUUUCUACCCAAAAUGCCGUAUGCUAUUGUCUUCUAUAGACUGUCCAAUUCCAUUCCCGGACUUUUGGCAUUCCUAGGGUUAAUUUUUGCACUUAUACCGAGUACGUUACAGAAAUUGGGCGCUGCGAAUGCA